AUGGGGCGCUACACGGGCCGCGCGUGCCGCCUGAGCGUGAUGCUGGCGCUGACGGCGGGCUUCUUCGUGGCCGAGCUGGUGUCGGGCUACGUGGGCAACUCGCUGGCGCUGGUGUCGGACUCGUUCAACAUGCUCUCCGACCUGACGGCGCUGUGCGUGGGCCUGUCCACGGGGCGCCUCUCGCGCCGCCGGCGCCGCGGCGCGCGCGCCUCCUUCGGCUACGGGCGGGCGGAGGUGGUGGGCGCGCUGAGCAACGCCGUCUUCCUGGCCGCCCUGUCCUUCACCAUCCUGGUGGAGGCGCUGCAGCGGCUGGCGCGGCCCGAGGCCAUCCGCGACGCGCCGCUCGUGCUGGUGGUGGGCGCGCUGGGCCUGGCCGUCAACGUCGUGGGGCUGCUCGUCUUCCAGGACUGGGCCUCCUGCUCCCCUCGCCUGCUGCCGCCGCCCGGCCCGCCCAGGCGGAGACCCCCGGCAGGGGCCCGCACCCGCCGCCCUCCAGGGCCCCUCGGGAGGGGAGGACCAGGCCUCCAGCACGGAGCGAGCAGCAGCGUUUCUUCUUUGAAUGCAGGUGACUCUAUAAAUAUCCCGAAAAAGCCAGAAGAAGUGAUAAAGAAAAAAGAGAAAAAGUCUGAAGCCUUGAAUAUCAGAGGUGUGCUUUUGCAUGUGAUGGGAGAUGCCCUUGGCUCAGUUAUCGUGGUUGUCGCUGCGUCAAUAUUCUAUGCGCUUCCGUUGGAUGAGAAUACCCCGUGUAACUGGCAGUGCUACAUCGAUCCUAGCCUCACCAUCAUUAUGGUGAUCAUCAUUCUGUCUUCAGCCUUCCCGCUUAUCAAGGAGACAGCGAUAAUCUUGUUGCAGAUGGUUCCCAAGAGUGUCAAUAUGCAAAUUCUGGCAAACAAACUAUCGGAAGUGCCAGGUGUUAACAGCAUUCAUGAGGUGCACGUCUGGGAGCUUGUCAGUGGGAAGAAUAUUGCCACCCUCCACGUCAAAUGUCACACCACUUCCGAUUACCUAGAUGCUUCUUACAAAAUGAGGGAGGUGUUUCAUGAAGCAGGGGUCCAUUCAGUGACCAUCCAGCCAGAGUACACAGAUCACAAGAGUCCCGAGAUCCUGUGCAGUGCCCCCUGUAUCUCCAAAGAUUGUGAUCCCCAAUUAUGCUGUAGCCAGCAGGAAGCAACCCUUGUCCAAGCAGGGAAUGGCUUCAGUGAGAAAAACGGCAGCAUCACUCCAUCUCUGAAGAAAGCCUUCUGUAAAAAAGAUACGGUGGAGAUUCCCAUUGAACCCAUAUGGGCGGAAGAUGUUGUCAAAAACGACAGGUGUGAAAAGGACGCGUUCAAAGAAACUGGCGAUAGUAGACCAUAUGUAUGCAGUACACGAUUUUAG